UAUAGUGUACAACACAUGGACACAUGGUGCACGUUGUAAAUCCGCAACCUAUCUUCUUCUUCAUCCUCUUUAUUAUUGUCGCAGACUUGCAGCCCUAUUAAUAAUAAACUUAAUUGUACAGUUUCUCCUUCAAAUGUUGCCUGUAAACCCUAGCUCCAUUUUCGCCCCUUCCAAGCCUCCCAUUGUCACCUUAUCCACUGUCACACCUCGUCAUUUCACCACAGUUAUCCGUUGCCACUCCGCCGCCGACCCGCCGGCCGGACCGUCUUUCCCGCGGCCGUGGUUUAACUUCUUCGCUGCAGCAGAUGCUGCUGCUUCCCCCGGGUCCGGGCGAAUUGGGCUGAAUUCUGACGGAGCCGCUGCAUCUCCGGUCGAGAAGAGAGUUGCUAAUAAUGGAAAUACUACGAAGGCAAAUGCGAAGGAUAGGUGGUCACGUCCCCGGGAGAGUUACUUGACCGACAACGACGAUGCUCUUCCUCUUCCAAUGACUUACCCAGAUACCUCCCCCGUGUCUCCGGAGGAAAUUGAUCGUCGUCUUCGCUGCGACCCCAAAGUUCAGGAUUGCAGAGAAGUUGUUUAUGAAUGGACAGGAAAGUGUCGGAGCUGCCAAGGCACAGGGUUUGUCAGUUACUAUAACAAAAGGGGGAAGGAGACUGUUUGCAAAUGCAUACCCUGCCUUGGAAUUGGUUAUGUGCAGAAGAUAACAGCACGGAAGGAUAUUGAUGUUAUGGAGGAUUUGGAAAAUGGAUAGUCAUCUUGAUUCUUGACAAUGGUGUAUACUCAUAUAUACACAUCUUUUUUUUCCUAACCCCACUGCGUUGAUGAUUACACCAAUUGUUAUAUUCUUAAGUCAUAGGAUGGUUACAAAUCACAGUACUUGUUUGACUUUUUAUAGAGGUAAAUGUAAAUGUAGAUCUAUAGAAAACAAGUUGUGGUGCCUCACUACUUGUCUAUAAAAUCAAGAAUAUGUUCUUUGCUUCCUAGAUACGUUCUAUUUAGAGUUACCCUUUCUCUU